AUGAAUGAUCCCCAGAGCGAGCGCAAGGGCUCUCCGAGUCCUGCCGCGAGCCAUUCCCGAGCGGCCUCCCGGGGCGCAUCGCCUGCACCGCUCUUGCCUCAAUACUCGGCAGCCCCUACGGGCACGCUCAAGGACAAGGAGCAGAACGACUCGCACCCCGUGUCGACCGCAAAGGGCGUCCAAGAUGCUUGGUGGAACAACGUCCCUGCUUGGAUCCCCAUCGUCUCCUGGAUCUCGCUCUCUUCCGCUGUCAUCUUGAUGAACAAGUACAUUCUCUACGACCUCGGCUUCUCGCAUCCCAUCUUCCUCACGACACUGCAUGUCGCUUUCCAGGUCAUCGCUUCACGCGCAUUGCACCGCUUCACGCCCUACGUCGAUGGCGCACGAGAACUUGAGGCGUCGGGCAAGAUGAACCGUGAGGUAUUCCUGCACAAAGUCGUGCCUAUCGGCGUACUCUUCAGCGUCAGUCUCAUUCUCAGCAACUGGGUCUACCUCCGCCUGUCUGUCAGCUUUAUUCAGAUGAUCAAGGCCAUCACGCCCGUCUCCGUUCUAGCCGUUUCUGUCCUCUUCAAGGUCAAGACAGCUAGUGCAAAGCUAUACGGUAUCGUCGGAAUCAUCUCACUCGGGGUCAUCAUUGCGUCGUACGGCGAGAUCGACUUUGAUCUUCUCGGCUUUACCGUACAGAUCAUCGCCAUCUUGGUCGAAAGCUGUCGUUUGGUGCUCAUCCAGAUCCUCUUGCAAGGCCUCGGCAUGAGCCCUCUCGUAUCUCUGUACUAUACAGCACCGGUCGUGCUCGCAUCCAACUCAGUCUUGCUUGUCAUCUUCGAGGGCCUCACGCCAUUCUACAAGCUCUAUUCGAUCGGCUAUGGCCUGCUCUUCCUGAACGCCUCGCUCACCUUUGCACUCAAUCUCGCCAGCGUCUGGCUCAUCGGCAAAGCAUCCGGACUCGUCUUGACACUCAGUGGAGUCAUCAAGGACAUCCUACUUGUCGUCGGCUCUUGGCUCGUCUUGGGCAGCACUAUCACGAUCACUCAGAUAUUUGGGUACUUUGUUGCUUUGGCAGGCCUGGUGGCCUUCAAGACGCAGGGCUAG